CAUACAAACUAGCAAGACGAGAGAGUCAGUACAACAUAAAUCUCUAGGGACAACGAAAACCGGAACCAAAUGCCAAGGUGCGUGCCACAACCCACAAAAUGGAACAAAAAAGAAGCGGAACACGUUCCUUGCUCACAAGUACCAGCACCACAUAAAUCUUAAGGGACAACAACAAAAGACGGAACCAAGAAGCAACGUGCCGAACGUCUUCCUCGAGGGACAACAGAAAACCUGAACCGAAAAGCAGCGAACGUCUUCCUUCCUCGUACGUUACGGCACCACAUAAAUCUCAAGAGACAACAACAACCUACGAAUACGACUGAUUCGUAUGAGUACCCGGUAUGUACUGUACGGUACGUGGUCGUGUAUCUGGGAGGACAACGAAAAUCCAAAACCCGGAAAAAACGAUUUUUCUAAAACUACUAGCUUUCUCGAACAACACUAUGAUUCUUCGAUUUCUCUUCACAAUCCUUCUACGGUGGUACUUGUAUUUUUCCAUUUAUUCAGAUUCAUUAUCCACCAGACAAACGAAAUAACAACAACAAGAAUACCAACAAGAUAGCAAGAUGUCGUCGUAUGAAACAAUGUACUUUCUUGUUGAACCGUUUGAAGGACUUAAUGCUAAACUCUCUGGUGGGGGUUUGAAAAUAGGACCCAUGAAAGCCCAUGGCUACUACUGGAAUCUUCAACUCUAUCGUUCAGAUCAUGAUUUUCGUGCGUGUCUUAGUCUUGAUAAUUGCUACAUGAUCGCGGACAGAAAUCCUCUUGUCGCAAGGUGCCGUUUUCUGGUAAACAAAAACUACAAUAACUACAAUGAGAACACAUACACAUGCUAUUUCUCGAAAUCGUGUUGUGGGUUUUGGUGCUUAAACAGAUCAGAUUCUAAAACGAUUGAAAAAUGGCUCAACGAGUCCAAGAAUUUUCAAAUCACUGUAGCCGUGCAGGUUACAUCAGGUUGGAAGCACGUAUGGUAUCCACGAUUGAGGGGCCAUGAAGAGAUGACGUCUCAUUACUUUCGAAGCCCAUUUGACAUUGCAUUCGAGGUUGGCCAUGAUAGGAAGCAAGUAAUGGCCCAUACGCAUAUGUUGGAAACACAAGCCCCCGCACUAUAUGAUCUGACCCUUUCUGAAUCCUCGUCCAAUUCGACCAAGAGAAAGAGAGAAGAUACCAUCCGAAUAGCACUGGUUGACGUAGAUGAGUCUGAAUUCGAGACAUUCAUGAGAUUUGUCUACGUUGGCACAUUGCCAGAGCUCGACAGCAUUGAAGCUGCCACAUCAAUUCUCCUCUUGUCCAAUCGAUUUGGUUGCACGGAUCUCAAGUUGUUUUGUGAGUCGACUCUCGUGGAUAAGUUCUUAGGGCCCGCCACUGCAGCAACCUUGCUGUUGUUAGCUGAGGGGCACUCGUGUGCCCUGCUAAAGGAAGCUUUCAUGGAUCUAUAUACUUCGAAUCCUAAAGAGGUAUCUAAUGGCAAGGAUUGGCACCUCGUUGAAGAAUCAUCAAAAUUCAUCAAAGAACUCUUGACAUACGCCAUGAUUGAUCGCCACGAGCGUUCUGAGGAAGACAGUGUGACUUCGUUGAGAAAAUGGCUCGAAGACGAGAACCUCGAUGUCGAUGGUACCCGGGAGACCUUGGUCAAGCGAAAGGCCGAAGCCAUUUCCCGCCGCGAAAAGAAUCGAUAGAAUGCAUCGACUUCUCGGCCAAGCAAAGCGAUGGCCGUGUCAUAUCCCGUAUUCCCUAUAUUUUGGAAAAACCAACGAUUACCAACUAGAACGACA